AGCUGGCGGAUUUACCCGAGUUUUACAUGCGGAUAGAGAAGAGGAGGGCAGCAAUCUGACAACUACCAUGUCCUGUAUCUGUUUGCAAGUUACAAUGAGAAAUUUUUAAUGAUAGUUAUUUAUAGUUACUAAAUAUUCUUGAACUUUGAUUUAUAAUUUUACUUGCCAUAUUGGAAUGGAUAUGAUUUGCUGGCAAUUCAUUCGAUUGAUAUUUCUUUUUUACGGUUUGACUUUCGUUGCUGGUAAUUUUGCGGUAGUAAAUGUUGAUGAAUCUACAGCCAUUGGUACAAAAGUUCAUCAACUCCCUACGCCUGGUACAAAUAAAGAAUAUACAUUAUACCCAUGGGGUGAUCCGACAGGCUUGGCUUUAUUUUCUGUCAAUGACAAGGGUGAAGUGAUUUUAAAUGAUCAAUUAAACUAUGAAAUCGGUAGAUCGAAUUCACAUUAUAUUAUUGCGAUAUUAAGAGAUAAAGGGAAGAAGUAUGGAGGUUUUGCUUACACUAGAAAAUUCGAAAUUAUUGACUCAAAUAAUCACUCACCAAAGUUUGCUAAAAAAAUGUAUUUUGGUGCUAUCGAGGAAGGUUUACCAGCAGGAUCAAUCGUUAGUGGAUUAGAGGAUUGUUUUGCCACUGAUUUGGAUACAUCUGGCAUUAAAGAUUACACCAUCACUGAAGGAAACAAUAAAAAUGAAUUUAAAUUAGAUGUUGAAGAUGUUGAUGGAAUCAAGUUACUUGUUGUUAAAACAAAAGGCACAAUUGACCGUGAUGAAAUUCGAGCAACACCAUACUUAGAUUUGGGAGUGCAGGCAAAUGAUGGUGGAACUGGUGACAAACAGAAGUUUGCUAAAACUGUUAUCAGAAUAAAAAUUUUAGACCGAAAUGAUAAUCCACCAGUGUUUUUGUAUAAUAACUGGAGGCAAACAAUCCGAGAAAAUGCACCUUUAGGAUCGUCGGUGUUAAGAAUAAGUGCCUCUGACAAUGAUGAAGGUCCAAAUGCAGAAGUUUAUUAUUAUUUUGACAAAACAACAGAUGCAUUUUAUAUCAAUCCAUCAAGUGGUGAAAUAAGUGUUGGGAAACAUUUAAAUGUAGAUGAUGUAAAACAGUAUGAACUGGAAGUUGUGGCUCAAGAUAAAUCUAUCAUUCAGCAUAGAUCUGCAAAGACGCUUGUUAAUAUAGCAAUUCUGAAUGCACCAAAUUAUCCACCAACUAUUGAUAAAAAUACAAUACCAGCACCACAAUUGUCAGACAGUGGAUUUACCUUAACAGUUCGUGGUGACUUACCUGUUAAAUCAUUUGUAUAUUUUGCACUGGUAAAAAGUCAGGAUCCUGAUUUAGUGUACACCAUGUCAAGCUCACCAUAUUUUGAGAUCGCUCGAAACAGUGGAAUUGUAACUUUAAAACAGGAAUUAGAUCGUGAAACCAAGAAACAGUAUACUCUAUCUAUAUCUGUGCAAGAUAAAAUUGGGAGGAGGGAUUCUAUGGCACUUACAGUGAAUGUGCAACCACUAAAUUUAAAUAGAUUUAAUCCAAUUUUCGAUCCCAGUACAGUUAGCAUUGAUAUCUUGCAAGAUAUUCAUAUCAAUACAGAAAUUGGGUACACAGUACGGGCAAGGGAUGCAGAUACUGGAAAUAAUGGUGUUGUUUCUUAUCAUAUAGUUGGUGGCUCUGGAAUUGGAAGGUUUCAAGUAGCUAGUAAAACAGGUAAAGUCACUACUACAGUGACAUUUAAAAGGCCUGGUGUUUUUGAUUUGUAUAUAAAAGCUCAAGAUAAUAGUGAUAACUACAAAAGAUAUGGCACUAUGUAUUUGCGCAUUAACGUUAAACCUUCUUACAAAUCACCACCUGUUUUAUCCAGGGCUAUGUGCUUUGGCAAAAUAAAUGAAGGUGAAGUGUCUGAUUCUUUUGUUGGAGCUGUUUUUGCUGCAAGUCCUGGCCCUGGAAAAAAAGUUAUUUAUGAAAUCAAUGGUCCCACACCACAAGGCUUAGCCCUUGAUAGAGAAACUGGUGUUAUCACAACAACGCAACCAUUAGAUUAUGAGCAGGAUGUCUAUAAAUUUAUGCAGAUUACUGUUAGAGUGCCUGGAAUUUCAACUGUCUCUAAAACUGCCUUGUUUGCAGAGAUUAUAAAUAUCAAUGAUAAUCCACCAAUUUUUACAAGACCUUCAGUUACUGUUCAUGUUGCAGAAAAUUCUGGUGACAUACAAAGUUUGGCAUGUCUAUUUGCUAGUGAUGACGAUGGCAUUGAAAAUAGUAACGUACGGUAUUCAAUCAAAUCGGGAAAUACUGGAAAUUUAUUUAGCAUCAACUCAGAAACAGGCCAGUUAUCUGCAAAAAAUUUGGAUUACGAAGCACACCAUAGUUAUGAUCUUGUGAUUGAUGCAAGUGAUGGUGUUCAUGCAACGAGAGCCUCAGUCAAUGUUAUCGUCAGUAACACGAAUGAUCCUCCUCAUUUUGAUCACUCUGUUUUCACUGCAAAUGUUGAUGAAGGUGCCAAAGAGAACACAGUUGUGAAAAGUUUGGGAAUCACAAGUGAUGGUAGUGGAAGCCAUAUCUGUGCGUGGGGAGCUAAAGGCGUAACCCCUGAAGUCAUUUCCUUGUUUACAUUGACCACAGAGUCAAGGUCAUGCAUUGUCAAAGUUGCAAAAACUGGAACUUUGAAGUGGAGAAAAGACAAGCCUGGCUAUAACUUUGCUGUUCGUGCUAUAAACAAAAAUAACAGGAAUCAAGUGUCAACGGCAAUGCUAGAAGUUGCAAUUCGAGACAGUAAUGACAACAAACCGGAAUUUAGUCAAAAUUCUUAUGCUGUUUCCAUUACUGGUGGAUUAAAACUUGGAGUAUCUAUCUUAAAAGUAACUGCCACAGAUUUAGAUAAAGGACCCAAUGGCAGAAUUACGUAUAAUAUUCAAGACGGCGUCAACUCAAACCUCUUCAACAUUCAACCAACUGGUGAUAUAUAUGUGAAAUCAGCAUUAGACAAAAAUAAACAAUACACCUUAACAGUUAAUGCAAGGGAUCAAGGUGUUCCAGCAUUAGAAAAGUCGACAACAGUGAAAUUAUCAGUGCACGAAGACGGAACUGACUUGCCAAAAUUCCCUGAUUCUUACACUCCAGUCUCAAUCUCUGAGUCUUUUUCUAUUGGUAACGUUGUCAUGACUGUAAGUGCUAGUGGUACGAACACAAAAUAUGAAAUCGUUGGUGGAAACGAAAAUGAUAUCUUCGAUAUUGCAGCUGGAGGUCAAGUGACAGUAAAAAAGAAGGUGGAUCACGAAACUAAACAAUCUCAUAAUUUGAUCAUCAGAGCGACUGUGCCGAGUAUUCCAGAGAAGUAUUCAGAAAAGAUGUUUACUGUCAAUGUUGUGGAUGUUAAUGAUAAUGCUCCUGUGUUCAUAGUGGAAAACUCAACUGCAGUUCAGACAGUCUAUGUGGAUAGGUUUUCACCUGAUGGCACAAUCAUUGCAAAGUUCAAAGCGUAUGAUGCUGAUUCAGGCAGUAAUGGAAUUGUGACGUACAGCAUUGAAGGAAAUGUUCCAUUUAGUGUAGAUAAUGAGGGUUCCGUUACAACUACUAUUGAAAUUACAUCUGAUAUUGGAGUGUCAUAUUCGUUUACCAUCAUAGCACAAGGCAAUGGUCAACCUGUUAGUAAGACCACAAGACUGAAAGUAUCUGCUGUGGUAAAAGAAGGUACGAAGCCUCCUGCAUUCUCACGGAAAACAUAUCGCUCAACUUUGCAAGACAACAUUCCAGUAGGAACCCAAGUGACAACAGUCACGACGACAGAAUCCAAUCCAACAGCCACAACAACAUUUAAAAUUGCCAGCGGUGAUUACAACAACAGCUUCUGUGUGGAUUACACAAAAGUUGUAACCGUGCAGAGACCAAUCGAUAUUGACGUUUUCCAUCAUUCUGAAUAUAAAUUAGGUGUGGAGAUGACGUAUGGCUACCAAAAGAGCAAAGCGGAUGUGGUUGUGACUUUAGUUGAUGAGAACGACAAUGUACCAAAGUUUGUAAAUGGAAUGGGCCCAAUUAUCACUAAAGUCUCAGAGGCGAAGACAGGUGGCUUUGUGGUGUAUACUGCCAAAGCGACAGAUCUGGAUAGUGGUAAUAAUGGCAAAAUUACUUAUUCCAUCUACCAAGUGUUCGGUGAGGGUAGCAAGGGAACUUUAUUUAAAAUCGAUGAAAACACUGGUCAGCUUUCUUUGGUAAAGUCGUUGAAUUACGAAGCAACCGAGGAACAUAUUGUUAUCAUCAAAGCACAAGACAAUGGAGCCAGAACGCAACACUUCUCCUUGCAAGAAGUUCGAGUAGAAGUGACUGAUGAAAAUGAUCAACGUCCUACGUUUUCCGAAGCCAAAUACGUUGGCUACAUCCCGACGAACGCAAAACCUGGUUUGCAAGUCCUCCAAGUGUUUGCUGCCGAUUUCGACAGUGGUUUGUACGGCCGCGUUGUUUAUGCUAUUAUUGGAAAUACCUACGGCGAUACGUUUAGUAUUGGUAGUUCGAGUGGUAUUAUCACACUGAAAAAACCAAUCGCGUUGAUUGAUACUAAUAAGUUUACUCUCACUCUGACCGCUAAAGAUGUAUCGCUCGGCGGACAAGCCAUCGUGGAGCUUUACGCCGUCACACAAGAAGGACCACCAAAGUUUGCAUUGAGUAAAUUUACAUUCAACGUUACAGAGAAUAACAAGCCGUCUGAAGCAAUUGGAGUUGCAAAAGCCAUCAGUCUGGACCUCCUCAAAUACACUAUAGUGAGAGGCAAUGAUAAUAACACCUUUUCGAUUGAUCCAAGAUCUGGUGAGUUAAAAUCGAUAGAAAGUUUGGACGCAGAGGCGAAGAGUCAGUAUUUGUUGUUCGUGCGUGCUACUGAUUUGAGUGAGAGAUACGCAGAAGCCAGUGUUGAAGUAAAUGUUAGAAACAUAAACGAUAAUGGACCGCUAUUUAGAUCAGCUGUGAACGGGCUAAUUGAAGUCGUGAAAUCCCGUAAACUAGCUACAGGUCAGGAAAUAAUAAACGUUGAAGGAUAUGAUCUGGAUGUCGGUGAUAGUUUAUCGUACAAGAUUAACUCUGUCUCUGCACGGGGAUAUUUCCAGAUCGAUCAAGAUGGUUUGAUUAAGUCAUUGAAGUCGUUGCAAACGUUAGCGACGGAUACCAAUCGAUACCAGUUCGAAGUCGUCGCUACAGAUUCGAAAGGCAAACAAAACAGUGUGCAAAUUCGAAUUAUUUUGGUGAACCGGCCUGGCGAUCCAUUUACGCGAACGGUAAGCGAAGGGAGAAAACCUAACUCCGGUCCAUUUAUAACCGAUCUUGAUUUUGUAAACUAUCCCAAGGCCGAGUUCAAAAUCGUUUACCCGAAUACGCAUCCAUUUAAGAUUGACUCGGCUACCGGUCAUAUCAGUUUGCGGCGCCAAAUCGACUACGAAACAGUGAAAGAAUACACGAUUUACGUGGAGGAAGCUGACCCCCAAAAAUCAUCUGAAUAUACAAAUUACGAAGUACGAAUCAAGGUCAUCGAUGAAAACGACAACAAACCGAAAUUCACCAUGAAAAAUCUAUUCGGCAAGGUAAACAAAAACGCCCAACCUGGUACAACUGUGUUUAAAUUAACUGCUACGGAUCCUGAUGGCGGUGAUAACGGGAAAAUCUACUUCCAGCUGAAAGGUUCAGAUCCCUUUUCUAUUGAUCCUGUUACAAAUGAAAUCAAGACAUCAGGCUUCUAUCUGACACAGGAUUGGUACAACAUCACUGUGCAGGCGUAUGACAAAGGACGGCCACAACUUUUUAGUGACGUCAAGACAAUAUAUAUUAAAACAGGAGAUAAUCCACCAGAGUUUAAAAGCUAUAUUUAUAAGUUCACCGUUGACGAAGGAGCGCAGGGCGGUAAGGUCAUUGGGAAAGUCGACGCUCGAAGUUUGUCUGGCAUAAGCAUCCAAUACAGCAUUGAGGGUGGAAACCAGGACAAUGUGUUCACCAUUGAUUCGUACGGUCAGAUCCUAUUGCAAGGCAACUUGGACUAUGAAUCGGGACAAACUUCAUAUUCACUGACGGUACAAGCGGCUGAAAUUAGUACGCAGCCUCUCACGUCGACAACGAAUGUUCUCAUAGAAGUUACAAACAUCAACGAUAACGUCCCAGAGUUCACCCAAGUCGAGUAUCGUAGCCAGCCUAUUAGCGAAAACGUUCCUAUUGGUUCGACCUUAAUCCUUGUUAGUGCAACCGAUUGUGAUUGUAGUUUAACGUGCAAGUGCGCUGGAGGUUUGCUUACAUACAGUUUAGAAUCUUAUAAAGACACGUUUAAGAUCGAUCACGUGACCGGUGAAAUCAAAAACAUCCGAGCGCUUGAUUACGACACCAUGAGCGAGUAUAGAUUUCAAGUAAAAGUACACGACACUGGCGAGAAUCCUCAAACUGGUGUAGCCGACGUAGUUAUUACGCUCUCCAAUGUUAACGAUAACACACCCACAUUCGAUCCGGACUUCUCUGUUGUUUCCAUGACUGAGAAUGUCGAUCGCGGUACAAUCGUAAUCACAGUGCAAGCGCAAGAUGCUGACAAAGAUGACAUAAAGUACGCCAUCGAAGCUGGCGACAAGUUAAAUUUUGAAAUCGGGGAGAAGACGGGGGUAGUGAGAAUUAAAAGUAAACCAACUAGGGAAAAAUAUGUUUUCAACAUUUCAGCAUCAGAUGGCGUAAACAAAGGAUAUUACACUUUGACAGUUCUGAUCGAAGAUGUAAACGACAACAGCCCCACAUUUAGACGUUGUUCUUCUUACACCCCUAUCGUGUUGGAACACUCCCCUAUUAAUACACCUGUAAUCAAAGUCACCGCAACAGAUACGGAUCGUGGAAGAAAUGGCGAGAUUGAGUACGAGAUUCAAGAGCCUCAGAAACGCGACCAAACGCGUCGAUCCAGCGAUUUUAAGAUAAACAACGCGACAGGUGAACUAACUACAAACAAGGUUUUCGAUCGUGAAGAACAAAGCAGUUACAUUGUGUUAGUUAUCGCGCUAGAUGGUGGGCAUGGCCGAUCACCAGCUGAAAGAAAUUCUGCAAGUUGUCAACUUGAAAUACAAAUUCAGGACAUCAACGAUUACGCCCCCGUGUUUUCCGUUCAAAACUAUGAUAUUUCCAUUGCGGAAAACACUGACAUUGAUACAGUUGUUCUUGAAGUAAGCGCGCAAGAUAAAGAUGAAGGUAAAAAUGCUAUUGUCACUUACUCAAUUAGUCAAGCGUCGCUAACGCCGAAUUUCAAAAUCGACCCAACUACUGGAGCCAUCUCGGUUGCUCAGUCCCUAGUGCAGAAGGAAGAUCGGUAUAGUUUUCAAGUAAAAGCAACAGACGGCGGAUCUCCGUCAAGGAGCGCAACAAUUGAAAUUGUUAUCAAUGUGCAGCCAUCGAACCCACCUAAAUUCGGACAGCUUAGUUACUCGAAAACGCUCAAAGAAGACACGAAGCCAGGAACAAUUGCGCUUACUGUUAAUGCUGUGUCACGUGCACAAGGUGAUACAGAGAAGAAGAUUUACUACAGUAUUUUACCAGGAAACCUACCGUCGACGAAUAAACCAGCAAGUUUCACUGUUGACUCUAAUACUGGCGCAAUAAAGGUUGCCAAAGUUUUGGAUUACGAGACGCUAAAGGAGUAUGUGUUGACGGUGAGUGCAAUCGACCAGCGUGGUAUGAAGUCGAACGCAAAGGUUUAUAUUUAUAUUGAAGAUGUCAACGAUAACACUCCGGUAUUCGUUCUGAGUAAAUACGUAUUCGGGAAAGUAGCCGAGGGUAAAUAUCCUGGCCAGGUUGUUGAACAGGUGAACGCCACUGAUGCAGACUCGGGGAAAUUUGGUGAAGUAAUUUAUUCGUUAAAACAGAGUGACGAGUCAGAUAUGUUUUCAAUUGACCCGAUUACAGGGAAAAUUACGACGAAAGUUAUGUUCGAUCGCGAAGUUACGCCGUCGAUCACUUUUAACGUCGAAGCCCAUGAUCAAGAUCCGGUGAAUCCUUUGAGCGCCUCUGUUUACGUCACCAUUCAAAUUACCGACGUCAACGAUAACAAACCAGAAUUCAAAAAGACUCGGUACGAUGUCGGCGUUGAUGAGAACGUUCGCGUUGAUCAUAUUGUUGCAGAGAUUCAAGCUGAGGAUAAAGAUGCGGGUGAAAAUUCACGUUUAAACUACUAUAUCAUUGCGGGAAACGAGAAGGGAUACUUCGGUACAAAAUCUAUCCAUCGCGCCGACGGUGGAAGUGUAGGGUUUGUGACAGUAACAAGGAAACUGGACCGAGAGGACAAAGAUAAAUUUGUUUUGAAGAUAGUUGCGAGUGAUUCAACAUACAGCGCCGAAACCACUGUGUAUAUUACGGUGCGAGAUGUGAACGAUAAUGACCCGAAGUUUGCUCGCUCUGUCUACAACGCAACAAUUCCAGAAGACUCGGUUAGUGGCGUGUUUGUCGCACAGGUAACAGCCUCUGACCGAGACACGCCCGAUGUUCAAAAACCUAUCACUUACUCGCUUGCACAAGAAACUGCUGGCUACUUUGUAAUCGGAAAGGAAACAGGAAAAAUUGUUACAGGGAAAAAAGGCUUUGAUCGUGAAUCAAAAUCCAUGUAUACCUUCCUCGUGUUUGCUUCUGACGGAGUUCGUACCGGAUCGGCGACCGUCAAAGUGACCAUAACUGAUGUAAAUGAUGAAACGCCAGAAUUUACGGAUGGUCCGUACAUUCGUUACGUACAAGAAAAUCAAAAGCCGGGCGCCGUGGUUGGCUACGUGACGGCGAAAGACCGCGACGAGGGAUCGAAUGCUUUCAUAACGUACGAACUUGUCAACGACAGAUUCACGAUCGAUCCCAACACCGGGUUAAUACGAACAAAAAAAAUGCUCAAUCGUGAAAUCGAAGACAAUGAAUUUACCGUCACUGUAACGGCUACUAAUUUAAAAAGCGACACAAAGUUGCAAGGUCGGGUUCAAGUUAUCAUUCGCGUUACCGACGCCAACGACGAGUAUCCCUACUUUACGCAAGCUAAGUUUACGACAAAAAUGGCCGAAUGCGCCGAUAUCGGCGAGCGUGUUACGCAAGUUCGCGCUAAAGAUAACGACGAAGGUAUUAAUGCGGAAUUGGUGUACGCGAUAGCCAGCGGUAACACUCCGAGGAGAUUUCGUAUCGAUCCGGACACGGGUGUAAUUACUGUUGCUCACGAGCUGGAUUUUGAAAAAGAGAAAGGGUAUAAGCUUGUCAUCAACGUGAGAGACAAAGGGCUUCCUCAGCUGAUAUCGAAGAAAAACGCUUCCGUGACGGUAACUAUGGAAGAUUGCAACGACCAUAGCCCUCUUUUUGCAGAAUCCAGCUACACGAUAUCAGUAAAAGAAGACGAACCUAUUGGCUACCAGAUUCUGCUCGUUACCGCAAAGGAUGAUGAUACAGGACUGAACAAAUUGUUCGAUUUCUUCAUUGUUGACCAAGAAGAAAAUUAUCAAUUCAAAAUCGAAGAGAGUAGCCCUGGCAUUGGAGCUAUUGUGUUAGAUUGGAAAUUAGAUCGGGAAAAGCGCAGCAAGCACAUAUUUAAAAUAGGUGCGCGAGAUCGUGGUAGAGUGCCGAUGACUGGCUAUGCUCAGGUCACCGUGAAUGUCCUAGACGUGAAUGAUAACGGUCCUGAAUUUUUAAUGUCUGAUACAUGCGGUAAGGUUAUGGAAGAAGAGACAGGCGUCCAAACAGUCGCCACAGUGAAAGUGGUCGACAAAGACGAUAAAGGUAACCGAUGUCCUUGCGUGUUCCAAAUCAUUGACGACAGGUCGAACCUCUUUGUUAUUGAGAGAAAAGCAUCAGGAGAUUCUGCCGUGAUUAAAACAAGAGCCGGCGUCAAAUUCGAUCGUGACGUCAAGGGCAAGCAGCUUUACAAGAUCAAAGUAUCUGCCACGGACAACGGGACUCCGAAGCAGUUCUCUGAGACGUACGUCUACGUGGAAGUGAUGGACAAGAACGAUAACACUCCGUCUAGUGGUGGUGAAAUGAGUGUUACCCUCAACGCGUUCCAAGGCAAAUUCCAAGGUGGAGGAAUCGGAAAAGUUUACAUCAUCGAUAACGAUCGUGGCACGAACGAUAAAUACUCGCACACGAUAGAGACGGGCGGUAGCAAAUAUUUCACUAUUGACUCAAACGGUAUGAUCAUUGCAAAGCGGGACGUUCCUGGAGGUGAAUACGAACUAGCUAUCAAAUCUAAAGACAUGAACGGACCCUCAAGUGGUAGUGUCAAGAGUAGCGUGAAAAUUGACGUCAGAUCGAUCACAGAAGCGGCGGUGAAGAACAGCAUUCCAAUUCGAAUGAGUGGUGUGACCAAGGACUUGACAUGUAACGAGAUGAAAUAUCCGGACUUGGAAAAGUUAAUCGGCGAGAUUCUUGGUGUCGAUCCCUCACAAGUGCUCAUUUUUAGCACAAUGAAAGUACCGAACCUGGACAGAGGGGUGGAUAUUUGGUUUUCAGUCGUUAAGAAGAAGGGUGUGGAUUCGAUCACAGUUGGGGAUGGACAGUACAUGUCGAUGAUGGAGAUGCUGAUUGCUUUGAGUGAAAAGAAAACGCUUAUCGAGAAAAGAACAGGUGGCAAAGUUGUAUCCAUUGGAAUUGACGCAUGCGCACACGAAUCAUCAUGCUCUGUGGGUUUCUGUGUAAACGAAGUACAAGUGUUACCUACCUACACACUUGUAACAGACGAAAACGGAAUCGUCCCGCCUGCUAAGUCAGCAAAAACCUUUGUGUCCAUGGACGUACGAACUUUUCCUUCGUGUAGAUCAGAACCUGCAACCAUUGAAAGUUGUAGUGAGAACGCGAAUAAAUGUUUGAAUGGCGGUACUUGCGUAAACAUUCUACCCACUGGUUAUCGAUGCAUCUGCUUGGAUGGCUAUGAUGGUCCACAGUGCCAGAAGACUACACGAUAUGUAAAGAACGAUGGUUAUUUUUGGCUGAAACCUAUCUCCUAUUUUUUCGCCGGAGAAAUUUCGUUUGAAUUUUCGACGAAAGAAGAGAGUGGCUUGAUUUUCUUCCAUGGACCAAUCUCCAAAUUGAGUGAUGGCGAUGUUUUAGACUUCCUAGCUAUUGACUUGUAUGAGGGUCGCAUUAGAUUUCAUGUGUCACAAGGUGAAGAAAAGAUUUUCUCCGGAACAUUAAACACUUCAAACAAAUUGAACGAUGAGAAAUUCCAUCACGUCAGAGUUUACAAGCGGGGAAAGUUUAUUCAAGUUACUGUCGACCGUUGCAGUGAUGCAGAGAUUGUGGAGAGUUGGGGCAGCCCGUCGUCGCAGAAUAGAGAAUCGUGCGAAGUUUCGGGGUCAAUACCUGGAAGUUGGAGAUUCAUUAACGGAAUCUACCCUCUUCAAAUUGGCAAUCUAAAAUACGAAGUCAAGUAUCUGAAAAGGUUCCGUUUUACAUCUUUCAAAGGCUGCGUCCGAAAUAUUAUCGACAAUGGUGUUAUGUACGACCUGAAGUUUCCAUUGCUGGAGAAGAAUUCGGCGCUAGGCUGUCCGGCGCACACUUCGUUAUGUCCGGUGUGUUUGCACGGAUAUUGUGAUAUAACGCUGAACAGGUACACGUGCCAGUGUGACUUCGGUUGGACCGGAAAGCUUUGCAAUGAACGCGUUCCUGCUUUCCGCUAUUUGCAAAACAGCUACUCUGAAUACACGUUGAUGGAUACCGCUGGCCGAAAAGUGCUGACCUGGUUCGACCGCUAUGUAUCAAGCUACAAACUUCAAGUGAAAACUAAAACAGAUGGUGUGAUCUUAUAUGAAGGAAGCUCUAAAAACGAUCAAAAUCGCAUCGAGUACAGUUGGCUAGAGAUCAAAAACAACGUACUUCAAUACCGCUACAACCUCGGCGACGGAGUUCUUGUUUUAGUUCUUGAAGGUGUCCGAAUGACUGACGGAUUGUGGCAUAAUAUCACACUCUUCCGCAGAGGCUCUCAUGCAACAUUGGAGGUGACCACUAACAACACGAUCGUGGGCAGUAUUUCUGGCAGCGAAGGAACUCAUCAGCUGUUGGAUUCUAAUGGCAUUAUAUACACCGGUGGCAUAUCCAGCAUCGUGGACGGAAAGGAUGUGGUGGUAGAUGACUUCAACGGUUGUAUUGCUGACAAUCGGUACAACUUCACCCUUAUUGAGGAAGAUCCAUACGUCAAAAUUCGUCGUGAAAAUGUCGACAGAAACUGCACUUGCGAUGCUGCUGCUGCGGCUUUGUGCCUCAACGGAGGACUAUGUGUGGCUGGCUCUCCUCCAUGGUGCAUGUGUGUCAAUGGAUUUACCGGAUGGAAUUGCGGCUCGAAGUCAAACGCACCGGUGAUAGGCGGACAUCCUCCUGGUGUAAGUGGUAUCUACAUCAUUGCUAUACUGAUCAUAAUGUUCCUACUGGCAUUAUUGUUACUUGGUCUGUUUAUGUCCGGUGUGCUGAAGAAGAAGAAAUCUGCUCCUAUUUACGUUGAUACUGACGGCCGUGACAACAUCAUGCCUUACAACGAUGAAGGUGCCGGUGAGGAUGACUUCCACAACUACGAUCUAGAGAUGCUGUUAAAACAUACAGGUGGAAGAGGAUUAACUAUUGCUGAUGAUGCUGAUGGUAUGGGUUUUGCCGGAGGUGGCAAAGCUGCAGCAGCUGGAAUGGGUGUAGGGAUGGGCGCCGGAGCUGGAAUGGGCGCUGGAGCUGGAAUGGGCGCUGCAGCUGGAAUGGGCGCUGGGGCUGGAAUGGGCGCUGGAACAGGAUUGGGAGGAACUACUACAACCUCUUUUAUUUCUUCUUCUUCAACAAAAUUUGCUGGCGGGAUGAAAGGUUCUGGACAGGGGGGUUCUCCGGAAGACAUGGAACCUUUACUUCAUUCCGAGGAUGUUUACCAAACAGAAGCAUCGGUGGACAUCUUUUCGUCCAAUCAACAACAGUCUCGUUUUGACACAAACCAAUCAGGUGGAGAUAUUAAUGUUUCGGCUUUUAUCGCAACGAGGGUGGCUGAAGCCGACAGUGACGAUGCAGCGUAUCCACGUGAUACGCUGUUGCAUUACGGGUACGAAGGUGAAGGCUCUGAUGUUGACGAUCUCAGUGAGUUAGGAGAUAGCGAGAGUGACAGCGAUGAAGAAGACGAUUUUGCAUACCUGGGUGAUCUGGGUCCAGAAUUUGACAAUUUGUAUCGCUUAUACAACCCGGAAGAUUCGGAUGAAGAUGUCUAAAGGAAAAAAUCCCUUUGAUUUCUACUAACGUCAACCCUGACGUGUCGUAUUUAAAAACCGUCUGAGACAGACGUCAAAUGAAUUUAACAUUAAUUUAUAAUAACGAGAAUUUUGCUGACAAUAAAUCAAUCGUUGCUGUUCCGAUCUCCGGGUAAAAAAAAGCAGGAAGCGAUUGAUAUGUUGCCAGUGAAUAAAUUUAAGCACAGCAUUUUUCGAAGCUCAGUAUAUAGUGUAAAAAUAAUCUUAAUUUAUUCACAAUGUUCAUAUUUAUAUAUAUGAUACUUUUUGUAUAUGUUGCUGUUGUGGUGUUUAUGGUAUAUAUAUCUGGAAUUUCACUGUGUAUAUAUUUGAUAUUUAAGCUGUAGAGUUGCAGCAGAACAUUUUCUAGAGUUUUAGAAAGUAAUUUAGUAGUUGAUUUACAAUUUUUUUGUUCUUGUGUUGUAUCGUGUUGUCCUCUAUCAGUUAAUUUUUGCCAGCCGCAAUAUUAUUCUCAUGACACAACCUGCUUAACUUUUUCAUAGUUUUACGGGAAUGAAAUAUUCGCGGGUAAAAAUUUUUUUUGAAGCCUAUUAUAAGUUUCUCGAUGUUCUGUUCAGUACUUGUUUCUUUAAACAAAUUACAAUUUUUUAUGUAAUUUUUUUAUAUCAUAAUUUUAUCUGCACUAUAAAAUUUGUACACUGAUUUUUAUUGCUUUUUUAAUUUUUUUGUUUAAAUGCAUUAGAAUAGAAAAAAGCGUUUUCUUUUUCUUAAAUAUGAAAAAGUGCACUGGUAUACCAGU